AUGGAAUCUUUUUAUUCGGUAUACUCCUUGUGGACGUUGCAGCGGGCCCUGGUGCUGUGCGGGGUGGGGACGGUCUUGUUUGUAUGCCUCGGUAUCACCCUGUUGGUCUUGAAUGACACGCAUGUGGAGUGCAAGCUGAAUUAUGAGGAGUACUCUCUAGGAGACGGAGGGACGCGGUAUGAGUGCCUGCCCAUCACUGCGGAAGUUUGCGGGCCUGCAGAAAACAUAACCGCGCUGGAGGGGGAGGAGAUCUACGUUUAUUACGAGCUGGAGAACUUCAAUCAAAAUGGUGGCCAAAUCGUUUGGAAUAGAAGCGACAAACAGCUUGCCGGUCACAUCUUCACCGACCCCGAUGAUGUGAAGGAUUGCGAACCGUUUGCGACGCGGGUAGUAGACAACGUUACAAAAGUGUUGCACCCCUGUGGGUCCCUCGCGUGGCACGUUUUCAACGACAAUUUCCUUUUCUUUGACGCUCCUCCAGACGGGCCGGUGAGUCAGAGCAGCGUGAAGCCGCUGCCAAUGCGGCAGAGUAAGGAGGACAUCCUUCUCCGCGAUCGGUGGGAAGGCCUCUAUAAGAACCCCUCGGCUCAGGAGAGGGAGGCAGCGCGUGACAAAGUAUACUUUUGGAUGUCAGUGUACGACAACGAUGACGGGAGGAAGAGCAUAGGCAAGCCGGAGGAAGGCCUGGCAUGGGCUAUACACGAGUCUCUCAACUUUGGUGAGGCUGGAAUGAUGGUAGAAAACAGCCACUUUAUUCAGUGGAUGGAGCCAGCAGCUUUGCCCUCCUUUAGGAAGUUGUAUGGCAAGCUCAAUGGGCCCCUACGGCUGCCCCUCUACGCUUACAUAUCCAUCAACUACGAUGUAAAGCCGUGGGGUGGAAAGAAGGCAGUGGUUCUGGUGGUGCCCUCUGCCCUCCACGGCCGAACGCUUUAUUUGGGAAUUGCAUACCUUGUAUUUGGCUGCAUGCUGCUGCUAUUCCUGAUAUACUUGGUCUGGAGGCUGAGGGUUGAACGGGACGACAACUCUCAGGGAGAUAUUUGGUGGCGCGCGAUGUUGACACGACACAAGAGGAAGAGCAAGUAA